CCAGCGUCCCAUAUUUAGCGUUGAAAUUAGCAGGUUACGAGUUGUGUGGGAUAGACCACCUAAUUAAGACCCCUCAAAGGAUGGCGAAACAAAAGGUUGGGCGAUGUCAACUGACACUGAGACGUACUUAUUUUUUAAAACAUAAGUAUAUAUAACAUAUUGUUCUACAGGGUACACAAACAACCUUUUAGUAUCCGCGAAUGUGAGGUUAUCCUACAAGUUAAUGAGAAGGCGUUCGUUAUCAUAGGUUGUGUUCCCUUAAGGUUACCAUAGCAACAGCGUUUUCUGCGUAACCGAAAAAAAAUCUGGUCGCACGUUGACUAAAGUACUACUCUUACUAUUUAUUACUUUCGUUAUGUAUUUACGUAUAACUAAUAUUUAAAUGGCAGUCAUCAAACUACAGUUUGGGUCGCGCUUACGUUACAUGAACCUCAACCGAUUUUUUUCUUUCCAAAUUCUAACAGGAAUUCCUUUGUAAGGUUGACAGCUUGAAAGUAUCCGAAUAAUUAGCGCUCUUGAAAAUUAGGCUGAAAAAAGUCAGGAAAACUUAUCUUUCACUUUACAACCUCGGUCAAAAAGGUGCAUCACUUCCUGUGAAAGGGAAAACAACUGGCCACACUUGUCACCUGACCCUAAAAAUGAAUUAAAAGUGAAAGGCUGCUGCCCACAAUGGUCUGUUUUCUCUCAACAAAAGGCCUGUGAGUGAGUCUCUUUGAAUGGGAUGAGCCCAGUGUGUCUGACGUCCUGGGAGAGUUCCAGGAGCUGCGGAUGAAUUCCGCACGAAGGCGCUGAGGCUCCAGUCAGACUGACGCCGCUGCUCUCGGUCCAUCCAAACACGCGCGCUGUACACCUCCAGUCGGCGCGAGAUUCAGCGCUCGGCUGUUUCGCGGAAUUACCCGACAACUCUGAUCGUUUUUCGACUCGGCACAUUAAGAUAAAAACGUCUGACUGCCUGACGAAAAAUCACUGUCAGGGGGUUUAUUCUAUACCCGCCUGUAUCUUGUCUGUAGAGGAAUAAACUGAGGCUCCUGGGUUGGAGUGAGUUAAAAGAGAUCUGCCCCAAGCUUUGAGAAAAAUCCAGUCCCUGGUGUCGCCCCAUCCCAUGAUGCACUCCACCACAUCCAUCACAUCCCUCUUCUCCUUCACUAGUCCAGCUGUGAAAAGGUUGCUGGGCUGGAAACAAGGAGAUGAGGAGGAAAAGUGGGCAGAAAAAGCUGUGGAUUCCCUCGUAAAGAAGCUCAAGAAGAAGAAAGGGGCCAUGGAGGAACUGGAAAAGGCUCUGAGCUCUCCUGGCCAGCCCAGUAAAUGUGUUACUAUCCCUCGAUCCCUGGAUGGAAGGCUCCAGGUGUCCCAUCGUAAAGGUCUGCCGCAUGUUAUCUACUGCAGAGUGUGGCGCUGGCCGGAUCUUCAGUCCCACCAUGAGCUCAAAGCACUGGACUGCUGCGAGUUUCCUUUCGGCUCUAAACAAAAGGAGAUCUGCAUCAAUCCAUACCAUUACCGCCGUGUGGAGACACCAGUUCUACCUCCGGUCCUUGUGCCACGCCACAGUGAGUUCAAUCCCCAGCAUAGCUUGUUGGCAAAGUUCCGGAAUGCUUCCCUACACAACGAGCCUCUCAUGCCCCAAAAUGCCACUUACCCAGACUCCUUCCCUGUGAUGCCCUGUAGCUCAUUCUCUUCAUCUCCCUCUAGCUCUUUAAACCAGUCCCCGGCUGCACACAGCUACCCCAACUCCCCCAGCAGUGCCACUGACUCUGGGAGCCCCUUCCAAAUUACAGCAGAGACGCCUCCACCACCCUACAGUAUAAUGGAGACCACUCCAUCUGAGGAUGUGAAACCUGGAGAGACCUCCAACCCCAAUAAACUCAUUCUGUCAGCCCCGCAUAGAGACUUGAGGCCAGUGUGUUAUGAGGAACCAGAAUACUGGUGUUCAGUGGCGUAUUAUGAACUAAACAACAGGGUGGGUGAGACGUUCCAUGCCUCUUCCAGGAGCAUCCUCGUGGACGGCUUCACGGACCCCUCCAACAACAAGAACCGCUUCUGCCUCGGAUUACUAUCCAACGUCAACCGAAACUCCACCAUUGAACACACUCGCAGACACAUAGGCAAAGGUGUGCACUUGUAUUACGUCGGAGGGGAGGUGUACGCAGAGUGUCUGAGUGACAGCAGUAUUUUCGUACAGAGUCGGAACUGUAACUACCAGCACGGUUUCCAUCCCACCACUGUCUGCAAGAUCCCGAGUGGAUGCAGCCUGAAGAUCUUCAACAACCAGCUGUUUGCCCAGCUGCUGUCUCAGUCGGUAAAUCAUGGCUUCGAGGUGGUGUAUGAACUUACCAAGAUGUGCACCAUCAGGAUGAGCUUUGUCAAGGGCUGGGGAGCAGAAUACCACCGUCAGGACGUCACCAGUACCCCCUGCUGGAUAGAAAUCCACCUGCACGGGCCGCUGCAGUGGCUAGACAAAGUUCUGACCCAGAUGGGCUCCCCACACAAUCCUAUUUCCUCUGUGUCCUAAUGCAUUACAGAACAAGAGGAAUAUAGUUCUCCUAUAGACAUUUAUAGCACUCCCCAAGACACAUAAUGCUCUUUCUCUUGUUAAAGUAUCUUUUCAGUGGAUUUUAUGGUACUUCUAUAGGAUCAGCCAGGAAAUAUGUACAAUAUCAUGCUGUUAAAUAAGCAGUGGUUAGAUAAAUGUUACAUUUAUAUAUAAACACUACUACUUCAGAGCAUGUAGUAGCUGAGAUAAAUUCAGACAGAAUCUUUCUAAUAGGAAGCCAAAGAAAUGUUAGUAGGAUGUUACUUGAUCUAGAAUUGUUUUAUUUAUGUCUUAUUUUUGCUAAUAUGUGCCUUUUAUAACAUUUCAUGUUGUAUUUCAUUUGCGUCAGCUUUCUUGAUCUAGUUUAUUUUCUAACCCAAACACAAAUAUGAAAAAGUUGAACAAUUCAUAAGUAUUAAUGCUUUUAAAGCUGAGAGCCACAGGUUAUCAGUUUUCACAAGAUCAAUAAAACUUCAUUUGAUAGCUCUUA